CAUGCCCUCCGUCGCAAAUCAAUGACGUCACGACUAACAUGGCGGCCUUCAGUAUGGAAGCAGCAUGCCGGGCAGUGUUGGGUCGAAGGUUACAAAGUGUGUGGCGGAUUGCAGAGGUUUCCGAGCGACAGUAUCACAGAUGCCCAGCUACAGCCCGUCUGCACAGGUUACGGGCCACUGGGACCCAUCAACUACUGGUCUUCACAAAUGCUCGCCACCAAAGCACCGUGACCACAGCUGCCAGUCAGAUCCCAGUUGUCUCAGAGGCACAGUUACCACCACCCCCUCCUCCCCUCCCUGCCCCAGAAGCCAUCCUACCACCACCAGUUGCUGAAGUUGCACCCACAGUUACGGAAACUCUGGGUCAGGUGGAGCAAAGUUUGAGUGAAUUGGGGCUUGGAGGAUACAGUCCUGUUGGAUUGGUUCAGGACUUUCUGGAAUUAUUGCACGUGAAUGUAGGCCUUCCUUGGUGGGGAGCAAUUGUGACAGGCACCGUUCUUGCACGGAUUAUGGUUUUUCCUCUAAUUGUCAAAGGACAGAGAGAAGCAGCUAAACUGAAUAACCACAUGCCACAGAUCACAGCAUUGACGACACGAAUGAACGAGGCCAAGCAAUCAGGCAACAAAUAUGAAUUCUCCAAGACGUACUCUGACCUCACGCUGUAUCAGAAGAAACAUGAUGUAAACCCUCUCCGUGGGUUUUUGGUGCCUCUAGUACAGGCUCCAGUGUUUAUCUCCUUUUUCGUGGCACUAAGGCAGAUGUCCUAUCUUCCUGUUCCAAGCAUGCAGACAGGUGGUCUCUGGUGGUUUGCUGACCUAACUGUGGCUGACCCAUAUUAUAUCCUGCCUCUAGUAGUCACUUCCAGCAUGUGGGCAGUUCUGGAGCUCGGAGCAGAGUCUGGAGUAAAUAACCCUAACCUCAGAAUCAUGAAGACCGUGUUUCGUAUUAUGCCGCUGGUUAUUUUGCCUCUUACCAUCAACUUCCCCACUGCUGUUUUCACGUAUUGGGUGACUUCCAACUUUUUCUCUAUAGCCCAAGUGGCUUUCUUAAGAAUUCCAGCUGUCCGAAAGAAGCUGAGGAUACCAGAACACAUCAAGCAUGAUGCAUCAGUCCUCCCCCAACAGGAAGGCUUUAUAAAGAGCUUGAAAAAUGGGUGGAAGAAUGCACAGCUAGCUCAGGAUCUGGAGCAAAGGGAACACAAAAUUAAACAUCAUCUGGACAUUGCAGCGAAAGGACCACUGCGACAGACCUUUGCGCAAAAUCCUUUGCAGCAACGAGAGAAAACGCCUGUAUCCCCCAGAAAGCCCAAAACGAAACCAUGGCAAGAUACAAUUGGGUAAACCACAGACCUCUUUACCCAGUCAUGAACUGAUCAAUCUCUGCCAGCCUCACUUGGCAUGAAAUGAACUUUCCCAGAACGGUGGACUCUGAAUGUGUGGGAAAAAAAUGACCAACCGGAUCCUCACAUGAAUAAACAGCGGACCCUGUGUAAGAUUAUCUUUAUUUAACGAUUAGCUGUGACAAGUAAAGAAGUUACACACCCCACAAAAUCCGAGGAUGAAACCCAAGAUGUAGCCAUUGUUUAAAUAAAAUGGAUACUUCUAUUGA